AGGAACUGCCAGAAGACCAGUGUCACUGAAUUGCAGAGCCCUUGGCAGGGAAUUAGUUGUAAGAACACUGAAAAGAUGGAAAAGUCUACCCAGAAACCUGUGAUCCAGAUAACAGGAUUUCGAGGCAAAGAGAAAGAAGAUCUAACCAAAUUGCUUUUAAAACUAGAUUGCACUUUUAUUAAGGGUAAGCAAUACAGAAAUUGCACACAUCUCAUAGCAAAGCGUGCUUGUAAAAGUGAAAAAUAUUUAGCAGCUUGUGCAGCAGGAAAGUGGGUACUAACUAAGGACUACAUAAUUAAUAGUGCCGAAAGUGGCAGAUGGCUCGAUGAAACAACUUAUGAAUGGGGAUAUAAAAUUGAAAAAGACUCCCAUUAUUCACCUCAAAUGCAAUCUGCACCUAAAAGAUGGCGCAAAGAACUGACAAGCACUGGUGCUCCAGGGGCCUUCCACAGAUGGAAAGUUGUCCUUCUGGUUAAAGAAGGUAGUGAAGGAAGAGAUUGUCUUACAAGAGUCCUAAAUGCUGGAAAGGCCCAGGUUUUUCUACCAAACAAUUCACCAAGUGGAAUAACUCAUGUGAUCUCCGUGGAUACGAAUUUAAGUGCAGAAAAAGCCAAGUACCCCUUUGAAACUCCACACUACCCAGUAGAGUAUAUAGUAGAUUUUCUGUUUUUCAAGAAGGAAUUUCAGAAUGAUGGAGAUGUUCAAAGGAAUUCUCUUUUAACCAAACGUUCUAAAGGACAAAAAGCCACCAAUUCCAGGACUGACUGUGAAGUUGCCAACCUGAAAAAAGCAUUGAGAAAACACAUAUGUAGAGUGGAGGCAAUGAAAUACAAUUGCAUGGAAUCGACUAAAAGUACAGGGUACAGUAUAGAGGUUAAAAACGCUGAACUUCCCAGAACUUUAUGUAAUAUAAUUGAAUUCCUCAUUGAAGGGCAGUUCUUUACAGAAGCACUUGCAGAACUAGUUUUCCUACAGUCACAAUAUAUCCCUCCAGUCCGUCUGCUUCAUGUUCUUCUGAGGAACAUGCUACAGGAUGAUAUAAAGACCUUGAUUGAUCAGUACUUCCGUGUUUUGUCAAUUCUUCUGCAUCUCCAUCCUCCUUGGAAGUCUCCCGCCAUGUUGAGCUAUUAUCUAAAAUUUUUUCAAUGUCCAAAUUGUAUGAAAGGAACAUGGCCUUUUGUAGAAGUACUUAUCAGGUCCUGCCUCUUCAGUGAAAGUUUUUGUCACCCACUUCCACAAGGAGUUGUUGUGUCCAAGAAGCUCAAGGCAGCAUUACUAACAUUCUUCUUCAAGCUAAUGAAAAGCGAAGUCCAGCAUCUGAAUCACAAAUUAUAUGAAGAGGCAGAUUCUCAGAGCCUAAAAGUCCCAGAACAGGCCUUCCUUCUUGAAACCUUUUGGUCUGGAAAUGAAACCUCAGUGUUUUUUACCAAGCCAAUAACUAUGCUUUUGGAUUGGACUAUAUAUUCUCAAAAACAAAAAUUCAGAUCUAACGAUGCCUUCCAAAAUGAAAUGGCUUACCUGAUGGUAGAGACUCUUGGAGCAGUAGUGGAAUAUUGGAUAUUUCUUGGUCUUAAGAAGAACAGAAAUGUGAUGCAACAUAUGUCUGAUCUAGGAAAUUAUGUUGCUGUUUCUUGUGAUGAUUUUUCUUCACAGGAGUUAGAGAGUUUCAUUAGUUCCUUAUCUUCGUCCUGGCUUCAAAUGUUCAUUGCUGAGUCAAUCUUUAAAAAGUUAUGUUUACAGAGCUGUAUCAGUAUUUCUCCUGAACCACUGUCUCUUCAGAAAAUGGUAUGUGCUUAUUUGCCUGCAUUGGGAAAAGUUGGUAUGCUUGGAUCAAGAAAGGGGCAGAAACGGAAGAAAAUGGGACUGUCAAUUGGUCCUGACUCUCACAGGGCACUGAAGAUGUUAAGUGAUGGUGAUCAGAACCAAGCCAAGGUCUUGCCUGAGGCACCUGAGUUGAAGCAUUCCUUGUCAUUAAAAAGGUCGCAAAGGAAAUGGGAAGGAGAAUUGUCAUGUUCCAAAGAGAAUUGCCACUCUUUGCUUCCAAAAAUGCAUUUUCACAAGACCAAUUUAAAAGGAGAGACAGCCCUGCAUAGAGCUUGCAUAAAUAACCAAGUGGAGAAAUUGAUUCUUCUUCUCUCUUUGCCAGGAACAGACAUUAAUGUUAAAGACUAUGCUGGCUGGACGCCUUUGCAUGAAGCCUGUAACCAUGGCAACACAGUGUGUGUCCAGGAAAUUUUGCAACGUUGUCCAGAGGUAGAUCUGCUCACUCAAGUGGACGGGGUGACUCCUUUGCAUGAUGCCCUGUCAAACGGACACGUAGAAAUUGGCAAGCUGCUACUCCAGCAUGGGGGCUCGGUGCUUCUCCACCAGAGGACUUCUAAAGGAAAACUGCCUUUGGAUUAUGUGCUAGCUCCCCAAAUCAAAGAAGACCUUCUGGCCGCCCUACAAGUCAAAGGUUCCACUGAGGACCUUCAUGCACAAUCAGAGGAACAGUUCUACCAGCAGCAGAUUGAAUUCAGUUCAUUCUUACUUAGUAGAAUGCUGUUGAAUUUUUGUUCAAUAUUCAACUUGUUUUCAAACAUCUCUGUUUUUAAGGAGUUAACUCAUCUACGUGAAAGACUGUUUACUUCUCCUAGGAUUUGCAAGGAUGCCACCAGUCUCCGUACUGACUGGAUUAUUGAUCUCUAUGCAAGAAAUCUAUUGACACUGCAGAAGCUCCCAAGUCUCCUUAAGGAGAUCCCUGAGAACUUGGAAGUGUUUCCGGGAGUUCAGACACAGGCCUUGCUGAUGACACUAAAAACUAUGCUAGCUCAGUCAGAGACUUUUCAUGGCACUACUUAAUAUUGACAGACUUUCCAAAAUAGUUUAAAUUCUGCGUUUUAUAGGUACAAUCUUUGGCAUUAUUUGAGGUGCUUAUUGGAUCAUUCCUUUUUUAGAAAAAAAAAAGUAUCUCAACUGUUCUGCAAAAGAGAAAAAUGCAAAUUAUUUACAAAUUGAAUAGAAAUUUUAAAAAUUACACUGUGUUUUUAAAAAGUGAUUUUUGUUUGUGCUGUAACCCUCUUCAUCUAAAUGCAUAUUAAAACCUAGUGAAAUUAUUUUCUCUCUCCCUUAUGUAUCUGAGAAUUCUGACAGAUAUCAAUGCAAUUAUUCACUUUUACAGACAUAGUUGGGAAAUGUUUUUUAUUUAGCAUACUGACCAUCAGAACAGGUUCCUUUCAAUUCUGUGUUUUUCCUAAAAUAAUUGCUUCUGAAGUUUGCAGCAUUAACUAAUGCUCCAGUCUAAUAGGAAGAGAAUAAGCCUGAAUUCAUCUGUAGCUGCGCCUUUGUUUACAAGGUAUGUUACUGAUACAAGUAACCAAUGAAGUGGCAGUUCAUAGAUUAAGUUGAUCCAAGGUCUUUUCUGUACCCUGUAACAACACAGGCUAGAAAUGUUUCAGUUUGAGGUCCUUUCUUCCUAGUGAUUCGUGGUAAAGCUGAAAGUGAAAGCACGGAUGGUCACAGCCACUAGUGGGAAUGUUCUAUUUUUCUACACCUGGCACAGAGACAUUAAGACUUCCAUUUAGCUUUCAUGCUGCUUAUAUGUAUAAUCUUACAGCAGUUAAUCUGCACACUUUGAUUUUUAUCAUAGAAACAUCUUUUCACAAGGUAUAUAGAUAUUCAGUCAUCAGUUACAGGGGUUAUCAUCUCAUUGUCAUCCUCUGUAAUAGCGGAUCAGUUCUGGUUUAAUUCUGUUCUUUUCGUGAUUUUCCUAUGUUAUGCUUAAAAGUUUAUGCUUACACAUAAGCUAGUGUAGGGAAUAUCAUAUUUUAAUAUCUGGUAGAUUGCAUAGAGGAGACGUAGUGUAAUAUAAUAAAGUAAGUAAUGGAAAUCUGCCUGGUCUGUACCAGGAGUAGCAAGCAGGCUGUCGGGCAGGUCACAUGUCCUCUCUGCACCUCAGUUGCCUCAUCAGUAAAAUGUUCAGUUUGUUCUAAAUCAUCACUUAAAUUUGUCUGUUUUUUCUCACUCCAAUCCUGCCUGAUACAUCUCUGUCCUCUCUAUGAACGCCACAAAAGGAACUAAACGAAUGAAAACUGAAUAUGGAGAAGAUAGUUUAUCAAAGUAAGGGAAACAGGGCAAGGCAGAGGAGAUAAAUUUCUGAGUAUAACACAUGUCCUGUCUUCAGCAGUUCAUUUAGACUGUCGUUUUUUUUUUAUUGUAAUGGAAAAAUAGUGGAUUUUUCUACACUGAAUCAUCAUGAAAAUGUUUUCUUUUAGUUGCAGUGUUUAUAUUUUCUAAAUGAAUGUUGUACCUGUCAGCUUUCUCUUACUAUGAAUAAAGUAUAAGAUAUGUACAGUGACACAAUUUGAAUUAGAUGCGAGGUAAAAUUACCUUCCUGGCUUUCAUUCUCAUCUUUUUAAAAUUGCUGUAUAUCUCCUAUGUACAUGUCACAGCACUAGGCAUUAUUAGGAUUUAUGAAAACCUUUGAAAGAGGUGGCCCUGGCCAGUGAGAAGUUCGUAUUUUCAUAAUUUUUAAGUUUGAUGAAAUUUCAAAUUUUCACCUGUUAAUAUGGUUUAACUUGUAUAAUGUUAACCAUGCUAUGAGAAACUUAAUUCUCAUAGUUGUGUUUUAAAAUGCAUAAUCUGUCAACACGAGUUUUCAGUUCUAGAUAACUUGAAAAAAGUUACGUACAGUGCCUAAAAAGGGACCCAAAUGAUGGCAUUGAUAGUAACAGUGUACUUAAAGACUCAGAUUCUUUUAAAUAAGCCCUCAAACCAGAUACAGGUACAUCUGGAAGCCAGUUAUUAAGCCUGAAAGAUUUUCUGUAUUCACUUCUAAGUAUCACAAUAAGGCCUUCUCUGAGAAUUUGAGUUAUAUGAAAGUUAAGCGUUGUUUUUCUGUUGUUUCAUUUUAUUUUUACUGGAUAUUCCAACAGAUCAUAUAAAUAUGAAGCUGGAAUUUUUCAAUGAAUCAGGUUUUUUUCUUUUGGAUGAGAUCGGUGAUUUCAUUUAUACAGAAUAUUCCCUAUCUGAAAAUUAUCUCAUGAAUGCAGAUUGGCAACUUAUCUUUAACUUACAGUCAUAGGUUGUCUGUGGCUCUGAGAGGUGACUUACCCAUAGCCACAUUAGUAUUUAUCAGAGACAGGACCUGAAACCAUGGCUUUCUGCCUUUGGGUCUGUCUACUACACUACUUGGCUUCUCAGUUGUCUUUCAUUGACUAUAAAGGAUAAAAGAGGACAAGAGUUUGAGUGUGUUUAAUUUUCUGCACAAAUAAAUAGAAAAAAAAUUUGUCUUAAAUUUGCCUUUCAGCUUUGUGCCUCAGAACUUGUAGCUUAAAUAAUGCCUUCCUAAAUCUAAAGAUCAAAUGUUGAGAGAGUUCUAGUCUUGGAGGCAAUUGACUUGCAUUCCUGAAUGACCUUCAUCUAGUCAAGGGCCUUAUGAAAAGUGGAGAUAAUAUCCCACCCAAGGUAACUGUGAAGAAAAUACUUUGUAACCAUAAAGUUCUUGAUAAAUAUCAGCUAUUAUAAUUUGCAGUUGUACCUUGUACCUUUUCUAAGUGAAAAAAAAAAUUUUCAAACCCUUAUGUGAUGUGUAAGAUAUGAAGUAAUCCUUAUUGUGGUAUCAGGAGCUCAACUUCUAUUCUCAAUGUCGUAGUUUUCUUCACUCAGGAUUAUCUUUCUGUAAAUCAGCCAUUCCCAAGCCCCAGCUCACCCCCACCCAUGGACUAGGUUGACCAACCCAAUGUGUUUCUAACAUGCCCAUGAAAGGUAUGCCAUUUUUGUUUAAUGUAAAACCUAGAACACAGCUUCCCUCAAAUGAACACCAUCAUAUGCAAAAACCAUCAGGAUAGGGUGCAAUCCAUAUGCAUGCACACACCUUUCCAGUUAAGAGAGAGAGAGAGCUUGAUGAGAGCCUGUCAAUGUUUCUCCUUAAUCAGCAGGAAGGGGUCAUUUUUGAGUGACAUGAGGCACUCCUUCCCCCAGGCACUCUCCCACACCUCCUGCCGACAUCUAGAGAGCCAGACUUAGAAUGAUAAUUUGUUUUUAUAACGAAUGUGGCUUGAAUUAGAGGGUCAGUGAUGACAUUGUUGGAGUUAGGUAGAUGGUAGAAACCCAACAACUUUGAAAUUGGUGACAUGGGAUACUGAACUAUUUCUGAUAACCAAAUUUCAAGAAAUGCCAAAUUAGAUUCUAAAAGUUAUGGUGGCAAAAUAUAUUUUGAUAUUUAAUUGCCUUAACACAAUGUGUUUCCAUAUAUAAAAUACAAUAGGUAACAUGAGAUAGAAAGGGAUUUGGGGUGGUGUUUUUUGUGAUUUUAAGCACACAGUUGUUUUUGAGGUACAGCAUAUCCCUUAUAUGGAAGACAUUUUUAUAUGGCAGGAUUCUGAUAAGAGAAUUUUGUAAAAUUUAUAGUUCAUGUGAUCUUAUAUCAUUUAAUAAUUGCAUGCUAUAUUCAUCAAUAAACCUAGGAAGCCACAUAUUUUAUAUUGAGUACCCGUAACCUGUGGGUGAGUACGUACUAAGGUGAAUUUAAACAUAUUUUCAAUACUCUUUUGCAGACACAUUAAUAAAAUCAUUGCCAGCUUUAUCUUUCAGGAACUCUGGGUACUAGAGAAUCAGACACCGUUAUAAGGGUAUGUUUAAUGCUUUCAUUCCUGGUAAAUAACAUCUGAAGAUUGAAAAUUAACUGUAGCUACUGAUUUAUUUCUUCAUAUUUUAGCCCUUACAUUCUUUCCAGUUUAUGAAAGCUCCAGGUACAAUAUACAGAGUCAGGAAAGUUCAAUUUCUUCACUUUGAAUAAUUUUAGGUAAUUUGUUGGAGGAAAAAUAGGACUAUUUUUGCUUGUUUUUUUUUAAAAGAAACACUAUUUAUAGCUUAAUUUUCUAAAUUUUAUAUUUUUAAAAUUGCAAAAUGAAGAUUUUUUUACAAGCUUUGUAUUUUUUUCUUUGAAAUAUGUAAUGUGUGAGAAUCUAUGGUGUUACUUGGUACAAGUAACUGUGAAAAUAUCUUUGCGCUAUUGAACAUGUAGUAUAUUUGUACUGAUUAUCUUUUGUUUUCCCAUUUUAGAAGAGCAAAAUAAAUUAUUUGGUUAUAUGUGAG